AUGUCUAGCCAGUUCGCAGUGUCCGAAGUGCCAGCCGAUGCCAUAUCCGCGCUGAGGUUUUCACCACACCCGAACUCGCUUCGCUUCGCCGUCGCCUCGUGGGACAAGAACGUGUAUCUAUACGAGCUCGCGGACGGCAAGGUCUGCACACAACUGGCCAAAUUCGAACAUCGCGCACCUGUUCUGGACGUUUGCUUCGGCAAGGACGACAAUGAGAUCUAUACCGCAUGCUUGGAUUGGGAUGUUCGCAGAAUCGAUGUAGCCACAGGAACGCAGACCGUGUUGAGCACCCACGACAACGGCGUUCGAUCGGUCGUCUACAGCAAAGAACACUCGCUCGUCGUCUCCGCGGCGUGGGACUCGACCGUGCACAUCCACCCGGGCGGAGAAGCAGAAUGGUCGACAGCCACGAUCAACCUACCUUUCAAACCGUUCUCGCUCGCCGUGUCGUCUUCGAAACUUGUGGUCGCGAUGGCGAAUCGGGCGCUACACAUCUACGAGCUGAAGACGCUGGCUAGUGAAUGCAAGAGCUCGGCAAACUCGCUGCAGAACAGACUGGACAUCGAACCGUGGCAGAGGCGCGAAAGCAGUCUGAAAUUCAUGACAAGAGCGGUCGACUGUAUGCCGAAUGAUGAGGGCUACGCAUCGUCAAGUAUCGAGGGUCGUGUCGCUGUCGAAUGGUUCGAUCCUUCGAACGAGUCCCAGGCACGCAAAUAUGCUUUUAAAUGUCAUCGGCAACAUGUCGACGAUGUGGACGUCGUCUACCCCGUCAACGCGAUUGCUUUCCAUCCGAUUCACGGUACCUUUGCAACGGGCGGUGGAGACGGAGUGGUGGCCAUCUGGGACGCGAUUGCGAAACGAAGAAUACGGAUUUAUCCCAAGCUUGCCGCCAGUGUUGCUGCCGUCUCGUUCAGUUCGAGUGGAAAGUAUCUCGCCACCGCAAUCAGUCCAGGGUUUGAAGACGGGAAGGAUGAGCUCGUGGAGGGCAUGAUAGGCAUCUUCAUCCGGGAAUUGGCCGAGAACGAAGUCAAGAGGAAGACAAAGUGA